AUACAAUAGUAAUUAUCAAAAUAUAAACGCGGUCUCUUUCUCUCUGAAACCCCUCCCAAGAAAACAUCUUUAGAUUUAUUUUUUACCCAAAUGCAACCAUAAACAACCUUGAAAAGACCAAGUUUGUUUAUAGAUUUCUAUGACAAGAGGCUGGUGUUGGCGUGACUCAAGCUCAUGAAUGCAUGAAUAAAGUUGUUCUGGAAACCUUGUUAAUUUCCAAGCAGCCAUAUCGUUUGAUAAAACCUUGAGGACCACGUGUCAACAGCUACGUUGUCACUGUUUAAGGGAAUGGUCAUUCAGUUCAGAAAUGGAUGUCAAUGUUGCAGGUUCUCAUUCAAAUGAGAAGCAAUCUUUAGAGUGUCCAAAAUCCACCAAUAUGGCGAAGAAGUCCGUAGAAAAAGAAGUGAGCAUGAACACUUCUGUUUUUGUCAAUCAUGCUGCAAUAGCUUGGCAUGAGAAUAGAAGAAAGUGGGUAGGAAAUCAAUCUCGACAAUCAAAAACAGUGGCAAAGGAUCCAAUCAUAAGCUGGUCAAUGACCUAUGACGAAUUACUGUCAACUAAUGAUCCCUUUGCCGAACCUAUUCCUUUAACAGAGAUGGUAGAUUUUUUAGUUGAUAUUUGGCAUGACGAAGGCCUCUUCGAUUAAAUAAUUGAUGAGGACAUGAUUAGUUAUGGUGCAACCGAAUACUGAUAGAAGGUAAAGAGUACAAACUAUUCACAACCUGAAAUGCAGUCUAAUUUGUUGUAGCUAAUUCUUCUACUGUCAAAGUAUGUUGUUAAAAGCCUCCAUUGUACUUGUAAUUGAUACUGUCAUAUAGAUACUAGUUAGCAACCAAUUCUUUAACCUUUUCUCCUAUUGUUGUGUUGUAAUUUGAACAACAUAAGUUAUAUUAUAUAAUAAUCAUUUUUAGGCUAAAAAUUUAAUAAACAAA